CUCAUUUUCUCCUCUCUCUCUCUCUCUUCGAUUCAAUUCACCACAUGAAAGCUCUGCUCCCAUAGAGGAAAACCCAGAUGGCUUCUACUCAAUUAAGUGAAAAUGGAGAUUGCUAUGAUAGUGCUCAUGUUGAGAAGUUACUUCCACCAGACCAUGAUGACAUUGUAGAGUCAGAGGUCUCCCACAAAAUUCUGUCAGAUUCCUAUGAUGAAGUUGACAGAUUCGGAGAACCAGAGAUCCCGCCGCGGAUUGGAAAUGAAUACCAAGUUGAACUUCCUCCACUUAUCGGGGAGUUUGGUUAUAUGUCACGUUCAAGGAAGUCAGGAGAUGCAGAAACUGGAGCUCAUACCCUUCAGAAUUUCCUCAUUGGAUUGCCUAUACCACUGGCAUGGAUCAGUGGUCUGAAGCAUGACAUGUUGGGAUCUCACAGUAGCUCGAUAACCAGUUCAGAUUUCAUGCUUUCAGAUUCUAAAAAUGUCACUAAAACAGAAACUUCUUUUAGUGAGAUUGAGCCUUCACAUGAUUCGUGUAAGCCUAUGGAGGAGUUGCAGGAUUUAUCAACUGCAGAUAAAGUAAGGAAGUGCAGUGCUGCAGGCUAUCUUUUGGUCCCUGGAUUAUUUGAUGAAUAUUGGAGUGCAGCUGAGAAGGAUGGCUUCCUUCUGGGCUUAUACAUUUUUGAGAAAAAUUUUGUCGAGGUUAGGCGAUUUGUUGGAACAAAAGAUAUGGGCGCUCUACUGUCAUUCUACUAUGGGCAGUUUUAUGGUACACAAGAAUAUCGUAGAUGGUCAGAGUGCCGAAAGAUGAAGAAUAAGAAAGUUAUUUAUGGUCAGAGGAUAUUUUCUGGAGUGAGACAGCAGGAACUACUAUCUCGGAUUCUCCCAAGAGUGUCAGAAGAAUGUCGAAAUGCUCUAUUGGAGGUAUCUAAGACAUUUGGGGAUGAGAAAAUGUCAUUAGCGGACUAUGUUUCUUCGCUGAAGGCCAUGGUUGGGAUGAACAUUCUUGUAGAAGCUGUUGGCAUCGGCAAAGGAAAACAAGACCUCACAGGAAUGGCCUUGGAACCUUCAAGGUCCAAUCAAGUGAUCCCUGCGCGUCCAGAGAUACCCACAGGAAAGGCAUGCUCCUCUCUUACAACCACUGAAAUUAUUAAGUUCUUAAGUGGAGAUUACCGUUUAAGCAAAGCCCGAUCAAAUGAUUUGUUCUGGGAAGCAGUUUGGCCGCGUCUGCUGGCUAGAGGUUGGCAUUCGGAGCAGCCUAAAGAUCAGGGGUAUGUUGCUGGUUCCAAGCAUUGCUUGGUUUUCCUUAUGCCUGGUGUUAAGAAAUUCUCCAGAAGGAAACUGGUAAAAGGAGAUCACUAUUUUGACUCUGUUACCGACGUCUUGAGCAAAGUUGCGAAAAACCCUGGGCUGAUUGAGCUUGAUGCUGAAGAAGAUCAUGACAGCAAGAAGAAAGAAGACUACGAAAGGACCAAGGAAAGAAAGUCGGAACAAGAUGAUAAUCAUCUGCCUACAAGGCAGCAGCAUUGUUAUUUGCAACCUAGGACUCCUAAUCGCAGUACUGCAAUCAUCAAAUUCACUGUGGUAGAUACAAGUCUCUCUGACGGCAAAGUGAGAGAAUUGAGAACUGUUCCGUCGGAAAUUUCAAAUGCAUUUAUUGCUUCAGAUCAUAUUGAAGACAGUGAUGAUGAUACCCCUGGGGAGACCACUGAUGAAUCUGAUACUAGCGACACCAUCAUGCUUGAUGCAUCCGUGACAGAUAACGUCAGCCUGAAGACGACUGAAUCUGAUGACAAACUAUUUCCUGGUAAGAAAGACCAAGAUGUAAGUGUCUCGUGUCAAGAUGCUCGUACUGUGAAUCCUGAUGAGAGUGCUACAUUACUCCCUGAUUUGAAGAAUACGAAGGAUUUGCAACGGAACAAACAAUCUAAAAAGGUCACAAAAUCCCUCUUGAGCCGAAAGGUGAAACAAGGCAAUGUGGACCACAUGGCUCCCAUGAAUAAACGGCGCAGGAUAUUAAAUGCUUGUCGUAUGGACGAAACAAGUUCUGGCUUGCUCCCUUCCUGGACAGCCCCUAGAUUGGAAAAUGGGAUGUCCAGUUGCUCCUCAAGCGUCCAUGAAAUUACUGAGAAUUUGUCUUCUCAAGUGGGCUUGUGUCAAGAUAAGUUGUCGUCCACCAGCUCGUCUAGAGGUAGUCCUGCUGAGAGCAUUGAGAACCAUCAAAUGCAGACAUUGAUCGACCUGAACGUGCCUCAGGUUUCCCCAGAAUCUGAGAAUUGUGGCUUCAUGACAGAGUCGAAUAAAGACCAAGGCAACACUUCAAAGAAGCUGGAUGACCGUCGUUUACCAAUAUCCACAGCCGCUGAGGCAAGAUGCGAGCAGCAGUCUGAAGUUUAUCCUCGGAGACACAGCACAAGAAACCGACCUCCAACAACCAGAGCACUGGAAGCCCUAGCAGAUGGAUAUUUAACUGUAAACCGGAAGCGGAAAGUGAACCGACCUUCUCAGCAUGUCCGUAUUGUGAUAGGGCCUAAUGAGUCGACCAACAGUUCUGUGGAUUCCCAGAUGGAAGAAGCUGAAAAUGGGGUGUCUGAAAGUGGCAAUUGCAACAUCUUCGUGAAAUCCCAAGUCCCAGCAGAAGCAAAUGAUGAAUCAGUUUCAGGACAAUGAGUUGGUAAUAUGAGCAGACAAAUUAUCAAGCUGUGGGAAAUGAAGUUCAACUGAAACAAGUGAAUUGUUCCAAUUGUUCUAACACACCACUCAUUCUCUGGAUUCAUUAUUUGGGAACAUUGAACAAGUGGUUGAUGUCUGAGCUGCCGUCGGACAGUGCAUUGUGUUACAGUUAAGAUGGUCCAGAGAGGAACUGAAAUCAGAAGGUGAAAAGAGAAAUCAUAGUUUAUGAUGAGCUGCCUGCGGUUGAUGUUUGUAAAACAUUUCUUUGCAUGGAUAAUGCCAACGUCAUUCUGUGGAGUUGGUUGGUUCAUUUUACAGAUACAAAGAAUAUUAUAGAGGAGAAGAAAAUAAAAGCUCUUUUUAUCAUAGCUUCUGUAAAUUUGAUUAACAAAGUUUUCUUCUGUCCUUGGUGUCAACUUUAAACGUUAUUAAUUAGUUCCUUUUCCUCUUUUCCCUCUUUUGGGCCGAGUUCUAUGUAAGAACAUCAUGCUUAACUCCCUCAAAAUUGUCUUGUCUUUGCAAUGUAGUUAAUCAUUUCGAUUUGUUCUUU